AUGCAUGUGGCUCAUCAGUGGGUGAUGUGUUCCUUAGCUCGAGACAUGGUAUGUGCCCGGGUAGUGGAACUAGGUGAGACUUCUAGAGCAAUUGAGUUUCUUCCUCCCAAGGAGAGGCGAGAUGCACUGAAGGCACUUGCUGAGGGGGCAGCCACUCAGGUAUGUACUCAACUUGCAGAAGUGAAGGCUUUGAAGCAAUCGCUUGGGAAGACUCGUGAUGUCUAUAAGGGUUUGGAGGAGUGGACGUCCCUGCUUAUGGACGAAGCCGUGGCGACCUCUGUCUAUCGUUUUGAGGAAGUGAAAAGGCAAUUUGUCCUCCUUUAUCCUCAUAUGGACUUGAGCUACAUGGAUCCUUUCUAG